GAACUGCGUCCUUGACCCAAGUUUCUGUAAAAGUUGUUUAUAUCUUGAAUGGUCGUUGAACAUUUGCUACAAAGUUAUAAAACAAACUAACGUUGUUACAUUACACUAAGUGGCUUAGUUAGUACAAAAAUUGUUUUAUUUGUAAUAGUGUAAUAUUAGACGGAAUGCAUCGUGUAUGUCAAGUUACAAAGAGAAGCAAAUGUUUGUUGUACACACUGGAGUCGUACCAGACCAAACUGGUUUCGCUCAAUGGAUAUGGUAAAGGCUCUCCGACAGUUCACUGCAGACACCAGUCCGGGGCUGUGGAUAAAUUGUUCCCGCCACAUCAUGUAUUUGCAGACAGACACAUUGGACCAAAUGAAGACGAAAAAAAGUCUAUGCUGGAAUUUGUUGGAGUUGAGAACAUGGAAGAGUUGGUUUCAAAAGCUGUUCCAGCAAACAUAAGGUUAAACAGAGAACUCCACAUUGGUGAAGCAAAAGGCGAGUAUGAGCUGUUGGAACGACUGUACAGUAUGGCGAAUAAGAACAAAAUGUACCGCAGUUACAUAGGGAUAGGUUACUACAACACGUACACACCACACACAAUUCUACGCAAUAUGCUGGAAAAUCCAGGAUGGACAACCCAGUAUACGCCGUAUCAAGCAGAACUUGCACAGGGACGUCUAAACAGUCUGCUCAACUACCAGACAAUGAUAUCAGAUAUGACCAUGUUACCAGUUGCCAAUGCCUCUCUGCUUGAUGAGGCUACAGCUGCAGCUGAGGCCAUGGGCAUGUGCUACAGACACAACAAGAGAAGGAAGUUUUUUAUUGACAGAAGGUGUCAUCCUCAGAGUAUAGGUGUUGUAGAAACAAGAGCAAGUGCUCUUGGUAUUGAAAUAGAACGUGGAGAUUGGAGGGAGGUUGUUCUUUCAAAUCGUGAUAUUUCUGGUAUUCUUGUACAGUAUCCUGAUACGGAGGGAAAUAUUGAAGAUUUUACCCACCUUGUCGAUGAUGCCCAUGCAAAUGGAACGUUGGCAGUAUGUGCGACAGAUCUAUUAGCCCUGACAAUAUUACGACCACCAGGUGCGUAUGGUUUUGACAUUGCUGUGGGUUCGAGUCAGAGAUUUGGUAUACCGCUGGGUUAUGGUGGUCCUCAUGCAGGCUUCUUCUCAACAAAAGAUGAAUUUGCUAGGCUGAUGCCAGGCAGAGUGAUAGGAGUUACCAGAGAUGCAGCAGGAAGAGAGGCAUAUAGAUUGGCCUUACAGACAAGAGAACAACAUAUCAGACGUGACAAGGCCACUAGCAAUAUCUGUACAGCUCAGGCAUUACUUGCAAAUAUGGCAGCAAUGUAUGCAAUAUACCAUGGUCCAGAUGGGCUCAAACACAUUGGCAAAAGGGUACAUAAUGGAACACUUAUACUUGCAGAAGGAAUACGAAGGGCCGGACACAAUGUUCACAACACAUUGUAUUUUGACACACUGAAGAUUACACCAGCAUGUAAACAGUCAGAUAUUCAUUCAAAGGCAGACAAAAAGAUGAUAAACCUCCGAUAUUUUGGAGAUGGAGAUAUUGGAUUGUCGUUGGAUGAAACAGUGGAGCGGGAGGAUUUGAAGGAUCUGUUAGAAAUAUUUGAUUCCCCAGAUUCUAUGGAGAAAAUAGCAGAGGAUCUUGGUUCAGAACCACUUGAAAGUAUAGAGAACACCAUGUUCAGAAGGACCAAUGAUAUUUUGACACAUGCGGUAUUUAAUAGGUACCAGUCAGAGACUGAUAUUGUACGGUAUAUGAAACAGCUUGAGAACAAAGAUCUGUCGCUUGUACAUUCCAUGAUACCUCUUGGAUCAUGUACCAUGAAACUAAACAGUACUACAGAAAUGAUGCCGGUGUCAUGGAAGGAGUUUUCAAGUUUACAUCCCUUUAUUCCAGUAAAUCAGGCUCAGGGUUACCAGGAAAUGUUUCAUGAGUUAGAGAGUGAUCUUUGUGAGAUUACCGGCUAUGAUAAAAUCUCAUUUCAACCAAAUAGUGGUGCCCAAGGCGAGUAUGCUGGACUAAGAGCAAUAAUGGCAUAUCUCCAUGCUAUUGAAGAAACACAGAGAAAGGUAUGUUUGAUACCAACAUCAGCACAUGGUACUAAUCCAGCAAGUGCCCAGAUGGCGGGUAUGAAGAUACAACCUAUCAAUGUAGACAAGAAUGGAGCCAUUGACAUGAAACAUCUCGCUAAAAAUGUGGAGAAGUUUAAGGAUACUCUUGCAUGUCUGAUGAUAACAUAUCCAUCAACAAAUGGUGUUUUUGACAAAACUAUAAGAGAAAUCUGUGAUACUGUACAUAGCCAUGGAGGGCAGGUAUAUCUAGAUGGCGCUAACAUGAAUGCUCAAGUUGGAAUUUGUCGCCCUGGUGAUUAUGGCUCUGAUGUGUCACAUCUCAACCUACACAAGACCUUCUGUAUUCCGCAUGGGGGUGGUGGACCAGGGAUGGGACCUAUUGGAGUGAAAGCCCAUCUUGCUCCAUACCUCCCAACACAUCCUGUGAUACCACCAUACGGAACAGAUAACCCAGAGGCCAAAGCAUUUGGUGUUGUUUCUGCAGCGCCAUAUGGCUCUAGUGCAAUUCUCCCCAUAUCAUGGGCAUAUAUCAAAAUGAUGGGGGCUAAAGGGUUGAGAGAGGCAUCUGAGGUGGCAAUACUGAAUGCAAACUACAUGAGCAGGCGUCUUGAUGGUUAUUAUAAAACACUGUACAGAAAUGAACAGGGUUUUGUUGCCCAUGAAUUCAUCAUUGACUGCAGAGAUUUUAAGAAAACUGCAAACAUUGAGGUGACAGAUGUUGCAAAAAGACUUCAAGAUUAUGGUUUUCACGCACCAACCACAUCAUGGCCAGUAGUAGGAACAUUAAUGGUUGAACCUACAGAAUCAGAAGAUCGAGAAGAACUUGACAGAUUCUGUGAUGCUCUCAUUGCAAUAAGACAUGAAAUACAGGACAUAGAAGAUGGAAAAAUAGACAGAAAGAUCAAUCCACUCAAGAUGGCGCCACAUUGUCAGGAGGAUGUUAUUGCAGAAACAUGGGACAGACCAUAUGACAGGAAAACAGCUGUGUAUCCAGCUGACUUUGUUAUGCCAGCUACAAAGUUCUGGCCCACAGUGGGACGUAUUGAUGACAUUUAUGGUGACCAGAACUUAGUGUGUACCUGCCCUCCAAUGUCCACAUAUGAAUCUCCAUUUGUAGAGGAUGUGUGUACGAUCCAAGCGUCACAGAAAACUAAUUGAUAUUAGAGAAGAAGACAAUUACACUGUUCUCUUUCUGCUGCUUGAAACCCCAUUGAACUUUGUUAUUUAUCCCCCCGCCAAAGGCGAAGGGGAUAUUAGAAAUGCUCUCCGUCCGUGCAUGCGUCCGUCCGUGCGUCCGCAACGAUCUUUGUCCGGAGCAUAACUCCAAAAGUACUGGAGGGAUUUUCUUCAAACUUCAUACACUGAUAGAACACAUUGGAAGGAAGUGCAAUGUGCAAGAACAAUAACUCUUCCUUGCCUAUUUUUUGAGUUAUUCCCCUUUAUCUUAUUUUCUUAAAAAAAUUUGUCCGGAGCAUAACUCCAAAAGUACUGGAGGAAUUUUCUUCAAACUUCAUACACUGGGAGGAAAUGCAGUGUUCAAGAACAAUAACUCGCCUUGCCUUUUUUAGCUCACCUGUCACAAAGUGACAAGGUGAGCUUUUGUGAUUGCGCAGUGUCUGUCGUGCGUGCGUGCGUGCGUAAACUUUUGCUUGUGACCACUCUAGAGGUCACAUUUUUCAUGGGAUCUUUAUGAAAGUUGGUCAGAAUGUUCACCUUGAUGAUAUCUAGGUCAAGUUCGAAACUGGGUCACAUGCAGUCAAAAACUAGGUCAGUAGGUCUAAAGAUAGACGAACCUUGUGACCUCUCUAGAGGCCAUAUUUUUAACAAGAUCUUCAUGAAAAUUGAUCAGAAUGUUCACCUUGAUGAUAUCUAGGUCAAGUUCGAAACUGGGUCAUGUGUGGUCAAAAACUAGGUCAGUAGGUCUAAAAAUAGAAAAACCUUGUGACCUCUCUAAAGGCCAUAUAUUUCACAAGAUCUUCAUGAAAAUUGGUCAGAAUGUUCACCUUGAUGAUAUCUAGGUCAAGUUCGAAACUGGGUCAUGUGCCGUCAAAAACUAGGUCAGGAGAUCAAAUAAUAAAAAAACCUUGUGACCUCUCUAAAGGCCAUAUAUUUCACAAGAUCUUCAUGAAAAUUGGUCAGAAUGUUCACCUUGAUGAUAUCUAGGUCAAGUUCGAAACUUGGUCAUGUGUGGUCAAAAACUAGGUCAGUAGGUCUAAAAAUAGAAAAACCUUGUGACCUCUCUAGAGGCCAUAUAUUUCAAAGAUCUUCAUGAAAAUUGGUCAGAAUGUUCACCUUGAUGAUAUCUAGGUCAAGUUCGAAACUGGGUCAUGUGCGGUCAAAAACUAGGUCAGGAGGUCAAAUAAUAGAAAAACCUUGUGACCUCUCUAAAGGCCAUAUUUUUCAUGGGAUCUGUAUGAAAGUUGGUCUGAAUGUUCAUAUUGAUGAUAUCUAGGUCAGGUUCGAAACUGGGUCAUUUGCAAUCAAAAACUAGGUCAGUAGGUCUAAAAAUAGAAAAACCUUGUGACGUCUCUAGAGGCCAUACUUGUGAAUGGAUCUUCAUAAAAAUUUGUCAGAAUGUUCAUUUUGAUAAUAUCUAGGUCAAGUUAGAAAGUGGGUCAAGUGCUUUCAAAAAGUAGGUCAGUAGGUCAAAUAAUGAAAAAACCUUGUAACCUCUUUAGAGGCCAUAUUUUUCAUGGGAUCUGUAUGAAAGUUGGUCUGAAUGUUUAUCUUGAUGAUAUAUAGGUCAAGUUUGAAACUGGGUCAACUGCAGUCAAAAACUAGGUCAGUAGGUCUUAAAAUAGAAAAACCUUGUGACCUCUCUAGAGGCCAUACCCUUGAAUGGAUCUUCAUGAAAAUUGGUCAGAAUGUUCACCUUGAUGAUAUCUAGGUCAGGUUUGAAACUUGGCCACAUGCCAUCAAAAACUAGGUCACUAUGUCAAAUAAUGGAAAAAACGACGUCAUACUCGAAACUGGGUCAUGUGGGAACAGGUGAGCGAUUCAGGACCAUCAUGGUCCUCUUGUUUUGAGUUAUUCCCCUUUAUCAUAUUUUCUUAAAAACAUUUGUCCGGCGCAUAUCUUUUUCAUGCAUGGAGGGAUUUUGAUAUAUCUUGGCACAAAUGUUCACCACCACGAGGCGGAGUGUCAAGCGCAAGAACCAGGUCCCUAGGUCUAAGGUCAAGGUCACACUUAGAGGUCAAAGGAUACAAAAAUGAAAACCUUGUCCGGAGCAUUUCUUCUUCAUGCAUAGAGGGAUUUUGAUAUAACUUGGCACAAAUGUUCACCACCACGAGACAGAAUGUCAUGCGCAAGAUCCAAGUCCCUAGGUCUAAGGUCAAGGUCACACUUAGAGGCCAAAGGUCAGAUACAAGAAUGACUGUCCAAAGCAUUUCUUCUUCAUGCAUGGAGGGAUUUUGAUGUAACUUGGUACAAUUAUACACCAUCAUGAGACGAAGUGUCAUGCGCAGUUCCCUUCUUUAGAAUUACUUCCCUUUGUUGUUACUUUAAAUAGCUUUUAUUGUAACUUUUUCAUUACUAGUCGUAGGGAAAAAUCAAGACCACUUUUCUGUAGCACAACAUGCAUGCUACAUCCAAUUUUGAGGUGUAUUUUGGCCAAUCUCUAACCUGGUAAAGAUUUUUGUGUGGACUUAAAUUUUUUUUUUUUUUUUUUUUUUUUUACUUCCCUUAGUUGUUACUAUAGAUAACUUAUAUUGUAAUAUUUUUAUAAUUGACCAUAGGGAAAAAACAAGACUACUUUUCUGUGGUACAACAUAGAUGUUGCUUUUCAAUUUUAGGUGUAUGUUAAGAUAUCUCUACCUGGUAAGGAGGUUUCUUGUGGACUUAGAAAAACAAAAGACUUACAAUGAUUACUAAACAACCACAAAACAAAUAGAAAUAGAAAUUUGCAAAAGUAUGCGCAUUCUGAAAUUACAUCACUGUACCUAUCAACAAAGAAAGUAAGACAAAAGGUUAAAAAUAAGUUAACAGCUGCACUUCCUUCGUUCAUCUCAACAUAUCUAUGCUUAUUGAUUCAUUUAUUAUGUCUCCUGGGGGGAGACAUAUUGUUUUUGCCCUGUCCGUCCGUACGUCACACUUCAUUUCCGAGCAAUAGCUGGAGAACCAUUUGACCUAGAACCUUCAAACUUCAUAGGGUUGUAGGGCUGCUGGAGUAGACGACCCCUAUUGUUUUUGGGGUCACUCCAUCAAAGGUCAAGGUCACAGGGGCCCAAACAUUGAAAACCAUUUCCGAUCAAUAACUAGAGAACCACUUGACCCAGAAUGUUGAAACUUCAUAGGAUGAUUGGUCAUGCAGAGUAGAUGACCCCUAUUGAUUUUGGGGUCACUCCAUUAAAGGUCAAGGUCACAGGGGCCCGAACAUUGAAAACCAUUUCCGGUCAGUAACUUGAGAACCACUUGACCCAGAAUGUUGAAACUUCAUAGGAUGAUUGAUCAUGAAGAGUAGAUGACCCCUAUUGAUUUUGGGGUCACUCCAACAAAGGUCAAGGUCACAGGGGCCUGAACAUGGAAAACCAGUUCCGAUCAAUAACUAGAGAACCACUUGACCCAGAAUGUUGAAACUUCAUAGGAUGAUUGUACAUGCAAAGUAGAUGACCCCUAUUGAUUUUGGGGUCACUCCAUUAAAGGUCAAGGUCACAGGGGCCUGAACAUUGAAAACCAUUUCCGGUCAGUAACUAGAGAACCACUUGACCCAGAAUGUUGAAACUUCAUAGGAUGAUUGAACAUGCAGAGUAGAUGACCCCUAUUGAUUUUGGGGUCAGUCUAUUAAAGGUCAAGGUCACAGUGGCCUGUUCAUGUAAAAUCAUUUUUUGGAAAUAACUUUAGAACCACUUGACCUACAAUGUUGAAACUUAAUAGGAUGAUUGGACAUGCAGAGUAGAUGACCCCUAUUUAUUUUGAGGUCACUUGAUCAAAGGUCAAGGUCACAGAAGCCUGAACAGUGACUUGAGAACCACUAGGCCAAGAGUGUUGUAAUUUAGCGGGAUGAUUGGACAUGCCAAGUAGAUGAUCCCUAUUGCAGCCAACCAUCAGUGUCUCUUUGACUUUCGCUCCUGACCCCUAUUGACUUCUUGCCUAUAGGACUUUGCAUUGGGGGAGACAUGCGCUUUUUUACAAAAGCAUUUUCUAGUUUACUUUGUAAAUACGUUUUUUUCCAAGGAAUUCUUAUGCAGGCAAGUUGUAUUUCCAUAAUUUUUUUUUAAUAUUCUCUUCGAAGUUUACUGCAAGAUUAUUGUAAAAUACACGAACGCUCCCAUGUCCAGGCGAUUCACGCGUUGCAGUAUGGUAUAUCUGCGGUGUGUUCUAUUUAUAGAAAAUGAGAUAGGUAAGUAGGUCAUGCUAAGAAUAGAAAUAGAAAACUUGACUUACAGAGUAAUCUCCCUUAUCAGUAAAUCAGAUCAACAUUUUUGACGAAAUUGUAAAUAAAAAAACUAUGUUCUACUCUACAAAUAAGGAGAGGAAAGACAGAUAGCAUUGUUUUAAAUCACAUAAUAAGCUUGCUGUGACGGGCAUAUAUCUGUGACAUUCUGGCACUCUUGUUCCCUGUUAGCUUUCCAUUCCUUCUUUUUACAGUAGCCAUAUAGAAAAACAUCAUAGCUAUACUGUUCAUGAAAAUUAAUAAAAUUUAGCAGUAAACCACCUCACUACUGACUUAUUCUUUCUGCCACAUCUUUAAAACCCCUGAUGCGGACCACAUCUAAACGGUUCUUCAAAGCUUUCCCCAAAAUUAAUACUUUCAGACACUAACUUGCCAGGAACUUUAGCCUUCAAUUAUAAUAUACCCGGCAGGGGGAUUAGCCAUGUCUAACAUGGCUCUUGUUUAACUAUUUUCUAUUGGACAAACCAUACCCCUUGUCCCUGUGAACCAUUUAUGUUUCUAUUUAUUUUUCCACUGCAAAGUGUGAAAAGGAAUCAUUAUAGGAAGUGACAUAUGAUAUGAAAUGUCAUAGAUGACUGUAUUUAUUGUUUAUUGUUGUAUUAUGAUACAUAUAUAUACAAUGUAUAUAGGGAGUGACAUUAGCUUUGUGUGCUAAAACCACAUGUCUAAAAUGAAUAGGGGAAUCUCCUCUGGUUUUGUUUAUUGUUAAUAGCUGAAUAGAUAAACAUAGAUGAAAAUGAAAUUGCCUGGAUAUAUUCUUACAAUACUGUGAAAUCAUUAUUGUUCAUGCUUGACAAGUUUUCAUGGAAUAAGUGGAUGCCUUGACCCACUAAAUUUUACAGAUUUCAUUAUGAAAAUUUAUUUUGAAACAGGACCAUUGGCUGCAAUAACUAAAAGUUAACAUAUUUCAGCACAUAAUUACUGCGGCAAACAUAAUAUAUACAUGUACUUAAACUCUCAAAACCAUGGUGUUAAAUGGAAUUGUUAUAAGACUUUCUUAACUUGAAACAUGCUGGAUACUAACAUUUUAUAUGGCUGGCAAAGGGGAGACAAUAAUUUAAAACGUUUUCAAAUGUUACUUGAGUUGAUGAUGAAAAAAAAGAAACAUUUAAUUUAGCUCUGAUUAUGAUGUUGAUUGUGCAAGUGCCAACAUAAAUUUUACUUUUUAAUUGGUGUCAACUUAUUCAUUGUCUUACAGUAUGACUAUUUUUGGCAAAUUUGGAGUCAUAAAUAUGAGAUUAUAUGAAUGAUAAUUAGGCAUGAUCACUCAUUAAUCACCUGCUGCAAAGUUUGAUAUCUGUGGCAGUGCUUUAUGACAAAAUGUACAUUUACAUUAAAGCACAAGCUGACAAUUUUAUUAAUUUUUUUAAUGUAAAAUACAGGACUUGUCAUCCCCACAAAAAAAGCCAUUUUGGCCAAAAGCCAUGAAAAUUUGUGCCUCUGAAAUUAAAUAAUUUCACAUUCUAAGAAUUUUUUUAACUAUGUUAUAUAAUAAUGACUGUAAUUAAUUGAAGUUGAGCUAGUUUUAUAGCAUUAAUAGAUGUGUGUAAAAUUUUCAUUUACUUUUCUGUAAGAGUUUGUUUUAUCAAGUUUCAUUGCCAAGUCCUCUUUGAUUUGAACUUGCAAUAACAGAACGUGUGAAAUGUUAGAAAUUGUUUGUUUGCAGUAUUAAAUGAAAAUUCCUCUUACUGAAAUACAGUGUUGAUUUUAAAAGGUAUUGCAAUAUGUUUGGCAUUAAUAUUUUUUGACCUGUUGCAUGGUGUAUUCUUUUACUGUUGAAACCAUAUGGCAUUGAUCUUGUUUUAUUUUUCUCCACAAAUACUGUGCAUUGUUUUUGUUUCAGUUAGUAUCUGUGAUGUUUCAUGUAUUUUUCAUUCAAGAUGCUUAAAAUUGAUUUAAUCAACAUUUAAAACAUAUUUAAUCAAGACAAAGGAAUAUGUAACACAUUUUUGCAAUUGCUUCUAAAUUUUAAUUCAACAUGAACUGGAAAUUUUGCAUUGAGCUAAAAAUAUCUAUAUACCCUGGCAAACAAUGUUUUAUGUCAGAUAUAUAUGUCACCUCAUGGUCAUACUGUCUGUCAGUGCAUUGGAAAAGACUUGUAGCCCAAACUACUUCAUCAGUUUUUAAGCUUCAUACACUGAUCACAGUGAAAUAGGAAUGACAAUGUUUAAAUUGAAGAUUGCAAGGGUGGUGAGGAGCAAUGUCCUUACUUUUCGGUCAUUUGAGGCCAUGUGGCAGUUUUUUCGAAGAUCCAGGUUGUCCAUCCAAGCAUUGUUUCAGUCCUGGACGUGUAUCUAGGUGGAACCACUGACUUUUUACACACAUUAAAAAUACUACACCAAAAGUGAGGAUUCAGAUUCACAUCCGUGAGGGGCAAGUGAUUUGAAGUCGGCAAUCAAGCGGUAUUGCAAGGGUAUUUAUCUCUUAAUGAUAGCUCUAGGUUUUACUGCAGUAUAUAGAUAUUAGUUCAAUUUGAUCUGAUCAAUUCUAGGAUUAUAAUUGUUAUAUUUUAAGCUAUUAUGUUUACUUCAGCUAGAUUAUAAGAAAGAUUUACUGAGAUUAAAGCAUUGGAUGCUGGACAUUCAAUGGAUAAAUAUAAGAUGUACGUUAUACCAGAGAUUCUGCACAUGUAAAUGGACUUAAAAGUCACUGAUUAUCAUAAAAGUGUUUGUUAUAUUUGCUUUGAAGGACAUUUGUAUUUCCCCAUAUAUGGGGAGAUAUAUUGAUCUUGUCUUGUCCAUCAGUCUUAUCUGUUUUACCAUCUGUCAUAAGAGUUUGCAUAGACUACUACUGUGAAACUACUAGUGGGAUUUCAACCAAACUUUGUAAGGAUGCUCAGUACCAUGGCUACUUUUUGUUAUCAGAGUUUUCGAGUUAAAAUGGUUUUGGUAAAGUUAUUGUCACUUAAAGACUAUUGAUCUAAUUUUAUGAAUUUAAUGAAGUAUUUUUUACACCUGUUUACAAUUAUUCAUUGGCGUUUUAUUAGCUCACCUGUCACAUAGUGACAAGGUGAGCUUUUGUGAUUACGCUUCGUCCGUCGUCCAUCCGUCCGUCCGUCAACAAUUUCUUGUCUGCACGAUAGUGGUUUCAUUUAUGAUUUUAUUUUAACCAAACUUGCAUACAACUUGUAUCACCAUAAGAUCACGGUCCCUUUCUUGAACUGGCCAGAUCCCACUAUGGGUCCCAGAGUUAUGGCCCCUGAAAGGGCCAAAAUUAGCUAUUUUGACCUUGUCUGCACAAUAGCAGCUUCAUUUAUGAUUUGAUUUUUACCAAACUGGCAUACAACUUGUAUCACCAUGAGAUCUUGGUUCCUUUCUUGAACUGGCCAGAUUCCAUUAUGGGUUCCAGAGUUAUGGCCCCUGAAAGGGCCAGAAUUAGCUAUUUUGACCUUGUCUGCACAAUAGCAGCUUCAUUUAUGAUUUUAUUUUAACCAAACUUGCACACAACUUGUAUCACCAUAAGAUCUCGGUUCCUUUCUUGAACUGGCGAGAUUCCAUUAUGAAUGCCAGAGUGAUGGCCCCUGAAAGGGCCAGAUCAGCUAUUUUGACCUUGUCUGCACAAUAGCAGCUUCAUUUAUGAUUUGAAUUUAAUCAAACUUGCACAAAACUUGUGUCACCGUAAGAUCUAGGUUCCUUUCUUGAACCGGCUAGAUCCCUUAAUGGGUUCCAGAGUUAUGGCCCCUGAAAGGGCCAAAAUUAGCUAUUUUGACCUUGUCUGCACAAUAGCAGCUUCAUUUAUGAUUUGAUUUUAACCAAACUUGCACAGAACUUGUAUCACCACAAGAUCUUGCUUCCUUGUUUAACUGGCCAGAUUCCGUCCUGGGUUCCAGAGUUAUGGCCCCUUAAAGGUCCAAAAUUGGCUAUUUUGGCUUUUGCAGCCAUAUCGAGACUUCAUUUAUGGUUUUUUUUGAUACAAACUUCCAAAAUAUCUUCAACAACAAUAAAUCUUGGAUUCCAUGACAAAUCAGAUCCAAUCAUAGGUUCCAGAGUUAUUUUAUAUCUGAUUACCUCCCCUGAUUGAAAUCAAAAUGGAUUUAUAUCAGUAAGUACUUACAGGACUUAUUUGAAAUUUCAUUAUUGUUAUUAGUUGGACUGAGACAAUCAGGGUAGACAACUAUGGACUGAUUUUAUGUUAAAUUACCUCCCUUUAUUUUAAAUUAAAAUUGUUAUAUCUCCAUAACUACUGAAGAUACUGAUCUGAAAUUUCAUUUAUGUCAACAGAUUUAUUUGGCAGAUCCUUCUUUUGUCCACUUACAAUAUUUUUUUUUUAAUUACUUCCUUUUUACGUUACUAUAAAUAGCAUAUUUUUAAUAACUUUUUUAUUAUUGGCCGUAGGGAAAACAAGAGACCAGUUUUCUGUGGUACAGCAUGGAUGGUACCUCCAAUUUAUAGGUGUAUUCUAACAUAUCUAUACCUUGUAAGAUUUUUUUUUCUUUUUUGGUUAAAUUUCUUCCCAUUGUUGUUCCUGUUUUUUGGACUUAGAUAUUUUUUCUGAGGACCUUCUUGUCCUCGAGUGCAAUGAUAACAGGUGAGCGAUAUAGGGCCAUCAUGGCCCUCUUGUAUCACGUAGUUGUGUUGUGGUCUUUCUAUCCAAUAAACAACCAUUGAAGUUUGAUAUAUUCAUCAUUAAAGGGACAAAUAUAAUUACAAAAAGUUAGAAUUACUAUUGCUUAACAUAUCCAGGUAUUAAAAUACGUUUUGAGUCAAAAUAUGAAUGAAUAUUCAAUAUAAAUUGUUAUAAAAAUUUUAGGCAAGGCUAUUUUUGGUUAUGUGUUAGAAUUUUCCUGUUAAAUGAAUUGUUAAAGUCAAGUUAACUUUUUUCAGACUCCUUUGAGGGGCCAUCAUGUGGGGCAUAUGUUUUACAAACAGCUGUUUUAGUUUUUGCAGAAAAAUAUGGUUGCAUACAAUAUAUUAUAUAAUUUUUGCCAUUUCCAUUUCUAUAUUUAAAAAAAUCUGUAUCAUUAACCAUCUUUGUGAUAUGGCCUGAUAUUGUAUACCAAUUUAAAUGAAGCAGUAGGGAGACACAUGUGCUUUUACUAUAAUCAAUAUCAAGUAGAUUGUGUUAUGCUUUGGUUUUUUUAGCUCACCUGUCACAAAGUGACAAGGUGAGCUUUUGUGAUCGUGCGGCGUCCGUCGUCCGUCGUCCGUCCGUCCGUCCGUAAACUUUUGCUUGUGACCACUCUAGAGGUCACAUUUUUCAUGGGAUCUUUAUGAAAAUUGGUCAGAAUGUUCACCUUGAUGAUAUCUAGGUCAAGUUCGAAACUGGGUCACGUGCCAUUAAAAACUAGGUCAGUAGGUCUAAAAAUAGAAAAACCUUGUGACCUCUCUAGAGGCCAUAUAUUUCACAAGAUCUUCAUGAAAAUUGGUCAGAAUGUUCAUCUUGAUGAUAUCUAGGUCAAGUUCGAAACUGGGUCACGUGGGGUCAAAAACUAGGUCAGUAGGUCUAAAAAUAGAAAAACCUUGUGACCUCUCUAGAAGCCAUAUUUUUCAUGAGAUCUUCAUGAAUAUUGGUCAGAAUGUUCACCUUGAUGAUAUCUAGGUCAAGUUCGAAACUGGGUCAUGUGGGGUCAAAAACUAGGUCAGUAGGUCUAAAAAUAGAAAAACCUUGUGACCUCUCUAGAGGCCAUAUUUUUCAUGAGAUCUUCAUGAAUAUUGGUCAGAAUGUUCACCUUGAUGAUAUCUAGGUCAAGUUCGAAACUGGGUCACAUGGGGUCAAAAACUAGGUCAUUAGGUCUAAAAAUAGAAAAACCUUGUGAGCUCUCUAGAGGCCAUAUUUCUCAAUGGAUCUUCAUGAAAAUUGGUCAGAAUGUUCAUCUUGAUGAUAUCUAGGUCAAGUUCGAAACUGGGUCACGUGGGGGUAAAAACUAGGUCAGUAGAUCUAAAAAUAGAUAAACCUUGUGACCUCUCUAGAGGCCAUAUUUUUCAUGAGAUCUUCAUGAAUAUUGGCCAGAAUGUUCACCUUGAUGAUAUCUAGGUCAAGUUCCAUACUGGGUCAUGUGGGAUCAAAAACUAGGUCAGUAGGUCUAAAAAUAGAAAAACCUUGUGACCUCUCUAGAGGCCAUAUUUCUCAAUGGAUCUUCAUGAAAAUUGGUGAGAAUGUUUACCUUGAUGAUAUCUAGGUCAAGUUCGAAACUGGGUCAUGUGCGGUCAAAAACUAGGUCAGUAGGUCUAAAAAUAGAAAAACCUUGUGACCUCUCUAGAGGCCAUAUUUUUCAAUGGAUUUUCAUGAAAAUUGGUCAGAAGGUUCACCUUGAUGAUAUCUAGGUCAGGUUCGAAACUGGGUCACGUGGGGUCAAAAACUAGGUCAGUAGGUCUAAAAAUAGAAAAACCUUGUGACCUCUCUAGAGGCCAUAUUUCUCUAUGGAUCUUCAAGAAAAUUGGUGAGAAUGUUCAGCUUGAUGAUAUCUAGGUCAGGUUCGUAACUGGGUCAUGUGCCGUCAAAAACUAGGUCAGUACGUCGAAAAAUAGAAAAACCUUGUGACCUCUCUAGAGGCCAUAUUUUUCACGAGAUCUUCAUGAAAAUUGGUGAGAAUGUUCACCUUGAUGAUAUCUAGGUCAAGUUUAAAAGUGGGUCACGUGCCUUCAAAAACUAGGUCAUUAGGUCAAAUAAUAGAAAAACCUUGUGACCUCUCUAGAGGCCAUAUUUUUCAAUGGAUCUUCAUGAAAAUUGGUCAGAAUUUUUUAUCUUGAUGAUAUCUAGGUCACAUGUGCUCAAAAACUAGGUCAGUUUGUCAAAUAAUAGAAAUAACGACGUCAUACUCAGUUCAACACUGGGUCAUGUGGGGAUAGGUGAGCGAUUCAGGACCAUCAUGGUCCUCUUGUUUAUUAUAAUGUAUCAUGUCUCACUAUUAUUAAGGGUGAUUUUGAAGCUUUAGUUAUAGAUUGAAUGUCACAUGACAUUACAACUUUAAUGGUAUACCUUUUGAAAUAACUGUAUCAUUUAAUUUGCUGGUAUUUUAUCUUUACACAAAUAUUUGUUGCCUGGUGUGUGCAAGAUCUGGAAAAAAUUUGUAUACUUGGAUCUGAGCUUGGUUAUUUUUAGUUACCAUGGUUUUCAGUUAUUUUGUUGUUACCUUACAGCUAAGUUUCAUGCUAUGUAAUAAUAUCUGUAAGAUAUUUCAUAGGUUAAGUCAAAUGUAUUAGUUGCAUAUGUGUUAAGGGAAAGAUACAAAAUAUAUGAACAGUUUAUAAUCUUGUCAUAA